CACUGUUCCAAGUUGUUAAUAGGUGUUUACAAGCUCCCGUUUGGUCCCUGGUUCGUGCCGUUGUUAGGUAACCGAACCAUAUAGACCCAAAUGCACCAACAGAGUCUUUUCAAAGUAUUUUAGCCAGGUCUAUUGCAGGGAUUACAAAUGCUCCUAAAAAGACGUGGGGUUUUUUUUGGUUGUUUUUUUUUUUUUUAAACAUUUCGUUGUAAUUUUACAAAUCUCUGGAUUUUUUUUACAAAGGUUUAUCCCAGUUUCAAAUGGAGCAUCCUGUUCAAGAAUGGCAAGAUUAUGUCCACAAGAAGUGGUUACAACUUCCCUCUGACGUUAAAAUACAGUUUUCUGCAUCUUCAGACCUUGCUAAGAGUUUCAUGAUGUGCUGGUCACAGCUUCAGUAAGUAGCUGAUCGUUUGUAUAAUAAUGCAUGUACCCAGGGGCGUUUUAGCCGCGAGGCAAACAAGGCAUUUGCCUUGGGCGGCAUUUUGCAGGGGGCGGCAAAAAAAGCCGCCCCCCAAUUGCCCAGGGCAAAUGCCUAGUUAGCCUCGCGGCUUACUGACAUGCCGAGCGGGCGGCUGGCGAGGGAGCUCUUUUUCUGAGCGGUCUGCUCAGCUCCCUCGCGCGCCGCAGAGUGAGGCUGGGAGCCGGAAUAUGACGUCAUCAACCCGGCUCCCAGCCUCACUCUGCGGCGCACGAGGGAGCUGAGCAGACAGCUCAGAGGAAGUGCUCCCUCGCCAGCGCUGCCCGACCGCCCAGCAGCCACUGGACCACCAGGAAGAGAGGGAGGGGGGAGAUUUAAUAAAUAAAAAAAAUAUGUUAAUGUGAGUGUGUGUGUCUGUUAGUGUGUGUGUCAGUGUGUGUGUGUGUGUGUCUGUUAGCUAGUGUAUGCGUAUCUGUCAGUGAAUGUGUGUAUUUAGAAGGUGGGACGGGGGGAAGGAUUGGGUGGGGGUGGCACGGGGGGAGGGGGCGCCUGAGUUUUGUCCUGCCUAGGGCAGCACAAAAUCAGGAUACACCACUGCAUGUAGCAUUAAUAUGACACAAUAAAAAAAAAAUGCAAAGCAAUGAAAUUUAUCCUUCUUCACAUAGUGAGGACUUGCCAAGAACUGAGUCCUCAUAGUAGGGAAAAGUCUUAUAAAUGCUUUUUCACAUUAUGUCAGCUAUUAUAUCGCAUGGGAAAAUGUCCCGCAUUAUUUAAUAUAGUUACAUAGCUGAAAAGAGACUUGCGUCCAUCAAGUUCAGCCUUCCUCACAUUUGUUUUUUGCUGUUGAUCCAAAAGAAGGCCAAAAAAAAAACAGUUUGAAGCAUAGUUUUGCAAUAAGCUAGGAAAAAAAUUCCUUCUUGACCCCAGAAUGGCAGUCAGAUUUAUCCUUGGAUCAAGUAGUUAUUACCCUACAUUGAAAGAUUAUAUCCUUGAAUAUUCUGUUUUUGCAAGUAUGCAUCUAGUAGCUGUUUGAACAUCUGUGUGGACUCUGAAAAAAACACUUCUUCAGGCAGAGAAUUCCACAUCCUUAUUGUUCUUACAGUAAAAAAACCUUUCCUUUGCCUUAGACGAAAUCUUCUUUCUUCCAGUCUAAGCGCAUGACCUCAUGUCCUAUGUAAAGUCCGGUUUGUGAAUAGAGAUGUCGCGAACCGUUCGCGAACUUCCCGCGAACAGCUCGCCACGGUUCGCCACAAACCGUUCACAGCGAGCUCCUGUCAGCUGACACAUCCCGGCCAAUCUCCAGCAGACCCUCCCACCUCCUGGACAGCAUCCAUGUUGAAGCUGCCUUCAACAUGGAUUCUUUCCAGGAGGUGGGCGGGUCUGGGAGGGAUUUAGAGACUUUCAGCUGAGACUCUCAAAAUUUAGAGACUUUCAGCUGUUUGCAGGGAACAAAUCAAACAAAAGCAAUUGAAAUAGCUCAACACAAUGAAUGCUUCAAGUGGUUUCCCCAACUUAAACUAAAAAUGCAACUUAUAAUGACUUUUCCAGUUGCAAAAUUAUUUAACCACCUGAACAGAAUCCCUCAACAGCACAAAUAUGCAAAACAAGUGUUGUAUCAAGCACACCUAAUGCAACUAAUCAAGGACUUCAUUAGUUGCACCAGGUGUAUUUAAACUGGAACACCUGAAAUACCCGAACUGGCUAGUGAUUUGUUGAGUGUCUCAAUUGACAGGAUGUUAGAAAUAUGGCUAAGUAAAAAAAAAUAUGGUCCACAAAGUUAAGAGAAGAGAUCAUCACUAGAGUUGUGCGAACCCGGACUGUAAAGUUCGGGUUCGUACCGAACAUUAAGUUUUUUGGACCCCGGACCCGAACUCGGACAUAUGAGUGUAUGUUCGAGUUGGAGUUUGGUGUUCGGCGAUUUAAUGGCGCGUUUUGAAAGGCUGCAGGGCAGCCAAUCAACAAGCAUUUGACUCGUGUGCCCUUAGAAGGCAUCACAGCCAUGCCUACUAAUGGCAUAGCUGUGAUUGGCUAGUGCAGCAUGUGACCCAGCCUCUAUAUAUAAGCUGGAGUCGCGUAGCGCCGCACGCACAUGAGCUCUUAUUAGUGUAGGGAGAGGAUGCUGCAGCUGUUAGGGACAAAUUAGGAAAUAAUUCUGGUGUUGAAUCUGCAAACUACAUCGAUUAUUUUUGUGGGUGCUAUAAUACAAAAUUUUUGUACCCUUCCCUGAGCCCAGUGCCACACAGUGCAGUGCACUUGCAACUGCAUGUGUGCCAGGCGCAUUACUUUAAUCCUGUUCUGGUAGCUCAGUGGGAAACAUCUAGGCAUUUUUAAAUACUGGUUAGAAAAAGAAAAAUAAUAGGCGUUCGCUAUAGUGAUCAGGCAGCAGUAUACAAAACAAGGAUUCCCCAACCCUGUGAGUGAGUAAUAGAAAAACAGAAAAGAGGGCGUAUACCGCGCCUAGUAGUUUAUAUAUGCAGAAAAUACAUACAUGUAUCCUUGAUUAUUCCAAUUAAUCGUAACCUCAGAAAAUAAUUAAGAUAAAAAAAUAAUAGUGCAAUACAGUAAAUUUUAUCUUAAAAACAGGUAGUUUAUGGCUAUGUACAGUCCACUCACAUUUGGAUGAGCUAUAACAGAGCUCUGCUGUGAAGCGCUUGGACGGUACAAUCCCCGUCUUUGGAUUUGUAGAAGUUGCCACGGAUAUUUUCAAAGUGCAAUGAGCGUAGUUGAUAUAAAAGAAAGAUAGCAGCAAUAUGGUGAAGUUAGUACCAAUAAUAUAAUGGAUAGUAAAUAGUAUUGUACUUACACUUUCUAGAGCAUGUGACCUGCUCUAGUAUAAACAGCUUAGGUGGUAUAAUCCCCACCAAGGAUAUACAGGAUCCAGGAAAUAAAAAAUAGUAAAUAUAAAAAGUAAAGUAUACUUUAAUAUAAAAAAACAGAAUAAAGAAUAAAAUAUAUAAAAUAUAGUCCCACUUAACGCGUUUCGCCUGAUAGGCUUCUUCAGAAGUGUGGUGUAAUGUCCAAAAAGUCAGUUUUUAUAUCCUUAUUGAUGAAGAAAUGAUGUCCUGUUGUGUUUACUUCCUGGUUCCGGCUUGGUACUGACACGCACGCGUCAUACCGGAAAUGACGUGGCACCCGUGUCAUACCGGAAAUGACGCGGCACCCGCGUCAUACCGGAAGUGACGCGAUGCUCGCGUCAGACCGGAAAUGACCGCGGCGUCAUAGUUAGAAGGAAAUGUAAUAUUUUGGCGCCUUAGAAUGUACGUAUCACCAAUAAGUGGUGUGCGUAGCGUUCCAAGCGUCACCCGCCCCAGUCUCCAAUGAAAAAGAGUAUGGGCAUAUCGUGAUGCAAAUAUGGCAUUGCAGCCAUAUUUGAUGAGGGCAACAAUCAGUAUAAAAUAAAACAAGAUAAAAUAUAUUGAUGGCAAUGGUGCAGAUGAUGUUUACAAGAGGAAAAGAAGCUGCACUAAUACAAUAUACAAAUAAUAGGGCAGUGAUAAAAAAAGGGAUUUUAAAUACUGCAAUUUUUUGGGUGCUAAAUAGUACAUUUGCUUACUGCAUUUCUUGCAGUCCAAUAAAACCCUUAAAUACUACUGUUACAUUGUUGGUUUAAAAAAAUCAAACUUUUUGGUGCUAAAUAGUACAUUUGCGGCAGGGCUGCCAUCAGAAAUUUUGGGGGCCCUGACACAGCUCAAGGUCUGGGCCCCCCGGUGCCUGCACUCGAUUCCGCCCAAAGUGCUGCCCCGCCCCCCGAGUCCGCCCACAGGGAUGCAGUGUCUGUACUGAUUCUGGUGUGUGUGUAUAGUGGAUGUAAAAUGUGUGUAGUGGAUGCAGAGUUCGUGUGUUAAGUGGAUGCAGUGUGUGUUUAACGGAUGCAGUGUGUAUAGUGGAUGCAGAUUGUACAUUUGUGUAAUGUAAGAGGUGUAUAUUAGGUGCUGAGUGUGUGUUUGUGUAGUGGAUGUAGUGUUUGUGUGUAUUAAAUGUGAUGUGUAUAGUGAAUGCAGAGUGUUUGUGUAGUGAAUGCAGAGUGUGUGUAGUGGAUGUAGUGUUUAGUGAAUACAGUGUGUGGAUGCAGAGUGUGUCUUUGUGUAGUCGAUGUAGUGUGUGUAUAGUGACUACAUAUUGUGUGUUUGUGUAAGUAUUUAAUGUGUGUGUGUGUAUAGUAACUGGAGACUGUGUUUGUGUAGUGGAUGUAGUGUGUAGUGACUACAAAGUGUGUGUGUGUUUGUGUAGGUACUGCAGAGUGUGUGUUUGUGUUAGGAAGUAGUGUGUGUGUGUGUAGUGACUCCAGAGUGUAUGUUUGUGUAAGGAUGUAGUGUGUGUAAAUUUUAGUGAAUAUUGUGUGUGUAUGUUAGUGUAUAGUUUGUAUAAAUGUUAGUGUAUAGUGUGUAAAUGUUAGUGUAUAGUGUGUGUGUAAAUGUAUGGGGCUGCAAAAUGUGGGGAGAAAAGCCUACAGGUUUUUUUUUUUUUCCAUCCAUUAGUUGUAUUGUUUUAUUCACACCUCCCUGUAUCUCACCUGUGGCCAUGGAGUGGGGAGAUUGGCUGGAGCACUGGUGCCGGAAGUCCUGAGGAAUGGUGCAGCCCCCGCUACCUGUAUUCUGCAGGAGGCCCAGCACACUUGAAAUAUACUGCCCAGAUGCUCUGCUCUGUCGAAGUCUCGCGAGCUGUGCGGAGCGUUGCCAUGGCAACGCUCUGACGAUCACGUCGCUCGUGAGACUUCAACAGAGCAGAGCAUCUGGACAGUAUAUUUCAAGUGCAGAAUACAGGUAGCGGGGGCUGCACCAUUCCUCAGGACUUUCAGUAGCGGGGGGCCCGCAGUGCACACAUAUAUUAUAUAUACGUUAAUCGUUAUAUAUGUGUGCACAUAGCUAAUGUGGGCAGUGGCGUACACACAACCCGUGGGGCCCCGGUGCGAAAAACUGAUCCGUGGGGUCCCCUGCCCGCGCGCUUACUCUGCGCGGGCCGGGGCCGCAACACAUGGCGGCGGGCACAACCCCUGCGACUGCGGUAUGUACGCCAGUGCAUGCAGAUACACUUAAAGGACCACCACAGACACCCAGAUCAUAUCAGCUCAAUGAAGUGGUCUGGGUGCCAGGUCCCUCUAGUUUUAACCCUGCAGCUGAAAACAUAGCAGUUUGAGAAACUGCUAUGUUUCACUGAGGGUUAAUCCAGCCUCUAGUGGUUGUCUCAUUGACAAAUAAAAAAGUGUUGGCUACCUCCUCCGCAUCCACCUACACCGCCUCGGUCACCACCUCCUCAACCUCCUACUCCACAUCCACCUCCUCCUCCUAGAGCAUCCCCUAGACGCACCCAAGGACCGAGCACACCAAAGCCAGCUUCAAGGAAUUCCCUGACGUGGCAGUUCUUCAGACAAUAUGCUGAUGACCAGACACUAGUGGUUUGCACGCUGUGCAAUCAGAGCCUGAAGUGAGGCAUAAACAUUCUAAACCUGAGCACAACCUGCAUGACCAGGCAUAUACAUGCAAAGCACGAGCUGCAGUGGUGUAAGCACCUCAAAAACCAAGAAAGGUCUCUGCUUCCUCUUCUGCUGCUGUCUCUGCCUCUUCUUCCACCUCUGGAGUGACAGUGGCACCUGCCACCCCGCAAACAGAGGAUGUGGCAGCAACUCCGCCACCGUCCCCAAGCAUCUCUACACUGUCCCAUGGAAGCAUUCAGCUGUCCAUCUCCCAAACACUGGAGAGAAAGAGGAAGUACCCCCCUACCCACCUGCAAUCCCUGGCCCUGAAUGCCAGCAUUUCAAAAUUCCUGGCCUUUGAAAUUCUUUCAUUCUGUCUGGUGGAGACGGACUGUUUUAAAAACCUGAUUAUUGGACUGCAAGAAAUGCACCGCAGGCCGCAAAUGUUUUUUUUUUUUUUUAUAUAUAUGUCCCAAUAUUUUGGGGGCUACCCCAAUUAAAAAAAAACAAACAAAUAAAAAACAGUGUUGGCUACCUCCUCCACCGCCACUUCCACCUACACCGGUCACCGCCUCCUCAACCUAUGGGUCACUUAGUAUAAACUAUUUACACAAUAGCAGAGGCUUGUGAAGGCCUUUUCUCCAUGCAUCAGGAGUUGAGCUCAGUUUGAACAAUGAAAGAGAAUACCCUGUUCUCCAACCCUCUCUCAAAUGGAUAAUUCUGGUGAUCCUCCUGACAGCCAUGCUUUAAAUUUUGAUUUAUGUUCUUCCAAAGCUAAAAUCAAAGAUUCCAUCUAGUGCUAUUUUAUGACUCAGCUGUAUUUUUAAUUUGUAUGUAUUUUAUGUUAUUUUAAGUGAUUUCCCUAUCCACAUUUGUUUGCAGGGCACUUGUCCUACUUUUACCCCCAUUUUACUUCCUUUUGCAGCCCUCUUUUGUGCCCAAAAGUUCGGGUCUCCAUUGACUUCAAUGGUUUUCGGGGUCAAGUUCGAACCCGAACUUUUUUCCGAAGUUCGGCCGAACCCGAACAUCCAGGUGUCCGCUCAACUCUAAUCAUCACCUUUCACAAACAAGGAUACAAAAAGAUAGCUAGGCACUGAAUGUUCCUAGAGACAUCAUUGGAAGCAUAGUUCACAAGUUCAAAUUGAAGGAACAGUGGUUACACUACCUGGACAGGGCAGAAAAAGAAAGCUAAGCUGAGGUUUCAGUGAGCACAGUAACGCAUCUACUAAACGCAGGUUUCCAUGCUGGAACUCUCAAAACUUGGAUGUCCGAGUGCUCUUUUAGCAACUCCCCACGUGCCAGCCAUUGUGGUCAGCCAGGGGGGAGGACACAAAGUCGUUUACGCCCUCCCCCCCAUAUAAAAUAGUUUUCUAAUAAUGGAAUGUGCUAUUUCCCUCACUCCGCUUACUUCCCUUCUGUGGUAUUAAAAUAGGUGUUUUACUGAAGUGUUAAAUAAUGCCAACAUGCUUUUUUUUUUCUUCUUAACACACCAAAGGUUUUGGUAUAGAACUGGGAUAAACAAUCUUUGGCAUUCCAGAUGUUGUGGGCUGUGCCUUCCAUAUUGCUUUUACUUCCAUAAUGCUGGCAAAGCAUCAUGUGAGAUGUAGUUCAGCACAUCUGUAGAAGAUACAUUUGCUGUUGAAUUGUAGCCCCAAAAGAUCAUAUAGUCCUUAUGAUCUCUCCCAAGUAAAUUUAAAAUGAACAGCUAUUCUCAAAUGUAAAAAAUGGAAGCCUUCUUUUCCCUUUAAUAUUCAGUACACAGCAGGCAAGGACACUAUUAAACGAGCCAAGGAACAGUCUCUUUCAUUGGAAAUGCUUCACUCAGAGUUGUGUAAAAGGGUAUAACUACAGAAAUGUUAAGUGUUGAAGGUUUGAGGAGGCAAAGAAUAGGUGUGUGCCCAUACAGUAUAACACCUGCCUUUAAUUUCUAUCCACAGGCAGGAAGAAGAGGAGGUUUUAGAAAAGCUGUGUUCUGAUCUAAGUGUGAAGAAAGAGCCCCAUGCUGUGCUUUUCUACAAGUUAGAAGGAAAUAAGCGGUUUGGAAGAAAACAGUACACAGCUGCAGCUGUUCUGUACUCCAAGGUACAUUGAGAGUAACAUCGGAAACACGAAUAGCGUUCAUUCAUCCAUAUUACAGGAGCUUUGUUUUCUGGCAGUAUUGAGUCGGCAGGAACCCUACAUGUUUUGAAGGUUACAGAAGGGAGCUGUAAUCUGGCAUCUAUUGGACCACAACAAUGUAGUGUAGAAAAAAAACCUAACAUUUUUAGAUCACUUCAUUUAUUGUGAUUUUAAUCACUAAAAAUGCAAAUCUUCAAAUUUUCCUGUUGAAACUUAUACAACAUAAUACAAAAAAACAAGUCCUGCUCUCAAACUCUGCAGUAACGAUCAUAGCACACAUCAGCCCCAAUACAUACAGUAAAAAUCAAAGAAAGAAAAGUUACCUGCGCUCUCUCCUACACUGACCGUUCAUCUUGCUUCCUUGAGCUUCUAGCAAAGAUAUUUCUAAUGAGACAGAGAGGGGUAUUUUUUAAAUACUCCCCUACAUACUUAUUAAUCCUUAAUAGGGAACACAUGGGAUGGGUGGCAGCAUUGUAACAUAUAAAAUGUUUUAAAUUCCCCUCACUGUCUCAUUAGAGAUAUCUUUGCCAGAAGCUCAAGGAAGCAAGGUGAAAGGUCAGUGUAGGACCUACCUGAGAAGUUUGCCUUGACUUGGCAUUCCCUCCAAUGGCCAUUGGAGUAACUAAAUAACCUCAAUUUGUUUAAAUAUACAUAGGGAUUUAGGAGAGAGUGCAGGUAACUUUUUUCUUUCUUUGGUUUAUACAACAUAAAACUAAAUAUAUUUUUUUUUAAAGAAAGAAAUAUAUGUAUGAAUUUAUCUGCUGUUUAAGAUAUGGGCAAAAUAAUUCAGUUGAGUUGGGUAAGUUUUUUCCAACUAGCUUUUUUUUUAUUUUUUUUUAUUCUUUAUUUUUGCAGUGCAGGAUUAUAUGUACAAUCUCAAGUAAACAUUGUAAAGUAUAAAGCAAUGGUGUAACAUACAAUAUCAGGAAGAAGUGCACUGUUUUUUAUAGUUAUACGUAACAUGGUGGGUCAGAAUGCAUCAAAAGAUUUUCCAGAUGAGCUAAUGACAAUGUAGUUGAGUCUAGUGACCACAUUAUAAACGAUUAAAGAUACGUUGUCCCCCAGAAGUAUUAAUCCUAAAAUUUAGUCAGGCUGGUGGGGUGUAAAGUUUAAGUAAAACAUGAAGUAUGCAUGCUGAGUAGGUAGAGUUAUAGCUACAUGAUAGUUGCAUUAGCAGGAGUUGUGGUUACAAGCACAUAGUUAGUUGACUAGGCUGGCUAAAAUGCAGGCGUGCUUGUGUCUUAAUGUACCAUAAAGUAACAUCGCUUUAAAGACUGGUUAAAGUGACUGUCAGAGGGUCAGUAGCUUACUAAUAUGAUAUAGGUGCUAUAUAUUGGCAGAGGGCCAGGUGUGGGAACCCCUGAGCGCAUUCUGUCAGCACGGCAUCAGGUAUGGAAGUGUAACUUGGACAAGGUUGAUAUAGGCUAACGGCCAUCAUUAUUCACUUAAUACUCUCAGUCUCUGCGUUGGCAGUUAUAUUUACAUGGCGUAGGCAGUCCAUAUGUCGGCGGCUGUUGCCGGCUGUGAUUGUGCCUUCCAGAUGCACAUGUGGUAUGUUCACCCAAGAGGCACAGAGGCAGGUCCCUCAGCCAAUGCCCAGUGCAUGGACACGUCUCCUGUAGUCAGCGUUGGUCUCGCCGAGGGUGUCCCAGCCCUGGGGUUCCGCUCCAGCGGUAUUCAGCAGGGUGUUCACCUGUGCAGCUCUCCGGUUUGCAGCUGUGAUAUGGAGGGAUGGGUGCAAGCCUUGCUGGACGUCGCUCUCGGAGCUGGUGAGUAGCUUGUGUGGGAAGCCGGCUUAGCAGUCUUAUUCUUUCGCGUGUGGGGGCCAUUAUGUUCGCCCGUGCAGUGUGGUGUCGUUUCCCGCCCUUGGGUUCGACAAUGUUUGCGGGGUCUGGUUGCCUGUCUGGGUGCUUGUAGUGGUAGCCUGUAAUGGCGCCGCCUGGUUACUGGACGGAUCCACGUGGCCACUAGUUUUACUGCCAGACAGUAAGCCCUUCCGCAAUCGCUCAGCAUUGACCAGAGGCUCGCACAGAGUCGGUCGAAGUCCCCCAGGGGGUACAUGGUUGGUUGGGCUUGUGUGCUUCGUUGUUGGGGCCUUUGCUGGGCAGCCAUCUUAGCUGCUUCCCAGUGACCCGAUGAUUGCUGGUGCUGCGCUGGCUCAGUAGGCAGUCACCUCUGUAUUUUGGUUGCGGCGUCUCCGGCUUUAGGUGCCGGGAUAUCCCUCUCCGGUGGGGGGAGGGAGUAUGCCGGGGAGACCUCCAGGUGAGUGGCUGCAGUCCCUCGCUUUGUCUGGGUAGGCCUCAGGUCUAUCCCCAGGUAGGAGCCUCCGAUUUCAGUCGGGAUGCUUGGCUCUUGGCUCUAUAAUGUUAGGUCUCCCUACUCCAGGUCACCCAACUGUCGAUUUGGUAAGUUUUUGCCCUGAUUUUGGCUAUUUGAGAGCGUGUUUGCACGGAGCUCGUCUCCAGUGCGACCGCUCGGCAUGGCCGCUUAGCUCCGCACCCUGUUUUUUAAAUAAAGAUUUUAAGAGAUUAACCCCUUCAGGACGGAGUCAAUAGUACACGUUCUAAUCAAAACAAAACGUAAACAAAAACUGGAAUUUGCGCUAUAUGUCUGUUCAACCGUAAUUCACCUCUUUCAUAUUAAAUAUACCCACACUUAUUAUAUAUAAUUUUGUACAGGAGAAACCGGGCUUUCAUUUCAUAUCAAAUAUUUAUAUAUGAAACAUAAUUUAUUAAUAAAAUUUAAAAAACUGUGAAAAAUGUUAAUUUUUUAAAAACAAAUUGUAGUUCCGCCUCACAUUUUAACUGUAAAUGUCAUAAUACUGUUAGGUUUUACUGCAAAAAAAUGCACAUAUUUGUAAUCAGCGAUGUCUCACGAGUACAACAGUACCCCCCAUUAACAGGUUUUAUGGUGUUUUGGAAACUUACAGGGUCAAAUAUAGAACGUUCCAUUUUCAAUUUGAAAUUUGCCAGAUUAGUAAUGUUACCUUUGAGACGGUGUGGUAGCCCAGGAAGGAGAAUUACCCCCAUAAUGGCAUACCAUUUGAAAAAGUAGACAACCCAAGGUAUUGAACGUGGGGUAUGUUUAGUCUUUUUUUAGUAGCCACUUAGUCACAAACACUGGCCAAAGUUAGCGUUCAUAUUUGUUUUUGUGUGGAAAAAAAGCAAAAAACUAAUAUUUGGCCAGUGUUUGUGACUAAGUGGCUACUAAAAAUGACUGGAUAUACCCCAUUUGCAAUAGCUUGGGUUGUCUACUUUUGCAAAUGGUAUGCCAUCAUGGGGGUAAUUCUUAUUCCUGGGCUCCCAUACGAUCUCAAAGGCAACAUAACCAAUCUGGCAAAUUUCAAUGUCAAAAAAAUGAAAUGCAUGCCUUAUAUGUGACUCUCUAACUUUCCAAAACACCAUAAAACCUGUACAUGGGGGGUACUGUUAUUCUCGGGAGACUUCACUAAACACAAAUAUUAGUGUUUUAAAACCGUAAAACAUAUUACAAAUAUAAUAUAGUCCAUAAAAGUGCCGUUUGUUUGUAAAAAAAAAAAAUGCAAAAAACGUCACUUUUACUUAAAAUAUCACUUGCCGGGGGAGGGCUGCCUGGGCUGUCAGGCAGCCCUCCAGAAGAGGAUAGCGGCGGAGGUAAGUACCGCCGAGGUCCUGGGGGCUUAAGCCGUUACGGCGUUCUAUGCUGCCCCAACGGCUUUAAAGCCGUGACGACAUAGAACGCCAUAACGGCGUUAAGGGGUUAACAGUAACGGAAAUAUAUAAAGGUCCAACUUACCCAGUACAAUAGAUUUUGUUUUAAACUUUGCACUGGAAACCAAAGCUCACACAGAAAACAACUAUUUUGUUUUUAUCUUUGCAUGCUGUGCCCAUGAAACAAAAUAUUAGAACCUAAGGAAUUCAGAUAAUCAUUAGUAUGGGGAAAUAUACCGUACAUAUAUUUUCUAUAUUUAACAAUGUUGGUUCCUCAAUACUUACAAAAAAUUAAAGUAUUAUUAAUAAAAACAAACUACCAGUUGACUCAAGUUUUCAAGCUGUGGCUUUGUGCUGUGAUUUAGAAGUUGUAACUUUUUGCAGUUUCACACUUUUCAUGUUUGCGAGAAUGUUGUGUGCACAAAUCGAAAGACGCCUAAACACCUAAAAUAGCUCUUUAUGUUUGUGGAAAAAUAAACUUCCCUAUAUAGGAGGCAAUGUGUUUGAUAAUUACGUGUUCAAUCGGCUGUCUUCGUCUGCAUGUCAUUCUAUAUGUCCCACUGCAUCCUGUUUGAAGCCCCUUCGAGCUGUGAAAAAAGCAUCAGUUUUUCCAUCUGCAUUUCAGUGUCUGGAAAUGUGGAAUGGUGUGAUCAGUGAGCAGAUUUUGCUUGAGGUGCUCUAAAACACCAGAAAUAAGUGUGCAUCCAUGCCACCAGCAGCGGUAAUUCUGCAUUAGGUUUAGACGCACAGCUUUAACACUGCUAUCGUAACAACCAGUAUAAAUCAUGCUUUUGUGAAUUGCCAUACACUUGAUCAUAUCUGAGUGUCCACCAUAUACUUGCAAAGGAUUGUGAGACUGCAGUUCAUGAACACGAACAAAUUUAUCCAAACAGGCUGUCACCAUGACUUUCCCCAAGAUAUUAACCAUUGUAACUGCAUGGUUGUGACCAUUUAUACAUUCUUAUUAAUUCUCCAGUAUGGAUAUUGUGAGCAUGGAGUGACUGAUCACUGGAUCCACUGAACACAAGAUCAUUGACAACCUUCAUACAGAGAACAGUUUUAGUAUGUCCUUCCAGCGUACGAAGCAAAAGACCAUUCCCAGCAUCCUGGACACAGAUGGUACAAUCAUAGGAUCCUGCAAGAAGCAGUAUACGAGUGCCCUCUUGUGCUGUUACCAAAGAGCUAACGGCCCGAACACCAUGACACUCAAACACGUGAAGCUGCUUGUUGUUCUUAAGGGAAAAAGUGACCACUGUCCCAUUGGCAAGCCCUGCGUAAAGGAUUUUCUAGUGUGCAUGUAGACACAGGACUCUUUCACCAAGACUCAGUUGCUGAACAAACUCUUGGGUCUUGACAGAAUAACAUCAUACAAUGUGGUCACUAGAUCCAGUAAAAAGCAUUGAAGACUUCCCAUGCGUAUGAGUUACAAGGAGACAAUUCACUUUUGAUGUGUGCCCUUCAAAGACGCCCACACAUUGCCGGGCCACAAUAUUGUAGGCAUGGACAGUUUUAUAGAAACAUAGAAACAUAGAAUGUGAUGGCAGAUAAGAACCAUUCAGCCCAUCUAGUCUGCCCAAUUUUCUAAAUACUUUCAUUAGUCCCUGGCCUUAUCUUAUAGUUAGGAUAGCCUUAUGCCUAUCCCACGCAUGCUUAAACUCCUUUACUGUGUUAACCUCUACCACUUCAGCUGGAAGGCUAUUCCAUGCAUCCACUACCCUCUCAGUAAAGUAAUACUUCCUGAUAGUUUUGUCUGCAGAGCAGGUGACCAGAAGAGCUGUGCCCUUCAAAAUGUCCCUCUGUGGGUUCCGCAUCAUCUCCAGGUUCAGAGGAUAUUUCUGAAGAAUUCUUUGACUGCGCUGAUGCUCCCUGGUUAUUAAUGAUGUCUUGUAUACUUUCGUCCAUGUAGCCUGUGACAAGUUCACUGGUUGAUGUUACUUCAUCAUAUACCUCUGAAUGGCUUUUGCUUGCGUUCACAAUAUACAUUUUAGAUGGGCUGUCUGAGAGUCUUUAAGAGAAAAACACUAUUACACAACCAAAUGUCAAUAGUGAGAGUGUGUUGGGCUAAGAGAUAAUUACUUACUCCCUAGGAGUAUUAGGGGCGUAGAGAAUGAAUAAAUGGCUGUGGGAAAAACUGAGAAAUAUAUAGUGUAUUACAGUGUUUAAAUGGGGAUGUAAACCCUUUAAUAAGAAGCACUCACGUGGUUUAGAGCCUAAUAAGGAUUGGCUCUAAUCACACACCCUAUGGAUCCAAGUCCAAGGUAUUCCUCAGAGGUAUAUAGACAAAAAAAGGGGGAGACAGGGAAACUUGCCCUGGUGUUGAAAUCCUUUUUACAAUAUGGGAAAAUGGUAAGGAUAUAGAUUGCUUCUCAUCUUAAAAAGAGCCUGUAAUUUGACUCUGAGUGUAUAGAUGAAUGAGUCCUUAUGGGGAUGACUCUCUCCCUCUUUAAGCAGGAUAGGUGGUCCACCAGAUGAUGUAAUUCAAUUACAAUUAUAUUUAUUACAUACAUAAAUUAAAAUCCAUUAAUACAUACAAAAUGCUGGUGUAGCCAAAACGCGUUUCGCCGAUUCUGUUCGGCUUUCUCAAUUGGUAAUUCACAUCCUGGUCUUACAAUUAUAUUUCCCUGCUUACAUUCUCAUAGGUUGCAGGAGAUCGUGAUACAUCCAAUCAUCUUAGCUCUCUCUCGGUUGUACACCACUCUUGCUUGAUUGGUACAGAUGAAUCAGGAACAGCAGGUGCCGACUUGAAUGAAGGCGGGGUGCAUAUCCGUGCUGGAGUCUGUAGGGCGGUACUUGCUGCUGGUGCAUUAGAAGACAGAUAAUGUGGAGUCUCCAAGAAAAAAAAAAAAAACAUUCCCAGGUGGCACAACAGGUGCUGGUGGCAAACUGGUGUUUGUUUCUUCUGUGAUAUCGCUGGCUGGUUCAUAGAUCCCUUGAAGGCCCUGUAAUAUCUGUAUUCUCUGUGUUCUCAAUGUACUCAUUUCCAUUGUUAUCUGUUGCUUUUGGACAAGUAGGUGCUGAACUUCCAUAUAAGUAGUUUGAAGUGCAGCACGCUUGAAGAAGUCUAAUAUCCAUGGCAAGCAGGGAGUUAAGUUCCUCCUAUCUUAACGAGAUAGAAGCUGGUCCACUUGAGAGCACUCCUUUCUUGCACGUAUCUUUCUUCUUUUGCUGUUUCUUUCUAAGCUUGGUAUUUCGGGACAAGAACAAUCUCCUGUUGCCCUUCCUUUUUUUUUUUUUUUUUUUCAGUCCCUUGUCCGUUGUACUGUUCAGUUCCAGAUGUACAGCUAUCAGUACCAACAUCGACAGGGGUGCUGACUCUAAAACUUUGGGUUGCGCUGAAAUUCACAUACUCGCUAAUGCUUUGGAACAUGCUUGGACUGUCUGUUGUGCAGAUUUGCACAUUUUUUUUUUUUGACUUUGAGAUAUUUCAGCUAAUGGAAGGUCAAACAUAGCGGCAGCGUUCAGUGCAGGAGAUGUUAUGGAAGCUUUAUUCGAUUUCUCUUUUGGUGCUAAAAUCAGAGUUCACAUUUUGUCCAGAUGCUGAUGGGAUUGUUGGAAUGCAUUCAUCAUGCUUCUCAUGGCCAUGGUCAUCAAAGAUAUCAUACACAGAGACCUUGUCCACCACCACGCUGCUUUCAGAAAGACUCCGCUUCUGUGCUGACAGAGGACCUGUGACUGUGCGUUCCCAAUGGAAGCUUUUUUAAUUCCCAAGUCUGUUUCUUCAUCAAAGUCAAGACCUUCUUGUUCACUUUGAACCUGUGCCACCAUUUCUAUACCAAACUUUGGCAAACCUUUGCCCAACUUCUGUUUCUUGUCAUGUUGGAUGACCUGUUCCCAGUUUAUAUUUCUACAGAACGCUUUCAGAAUCUGCUUCAGAGUUGGUUUGAGCCCCAAAUCCUUGUCCGUUUCACUCUUUCAAUGACCGCUAACAUUUCGAAUGCACCGGGUGCUAUUUAGGUUAGGUUCUGGAGGAUGAGUGCCAGUUUUGCUUUGUGAACUAAUAUGCCUUGUCAGAUCUCUUUGGAAGGAAGCAGGACUGGAUGAAUGAUUUGCACCUUUCUGUAGUUCAAAGUCUGAAACAUUUGCCAUCAUAAAGAGCCUCCAUAUUUGUUUGUGUACUAAACUUUUGCAUGUAUGUUGCAUUGGUAACAUAUCAUUCUCUGUGUUGGUAGAAUUUUUUUCUGGAUAUGUUUCUAUGGUUCAAGGGUUAUCUUUGGAUAAAUUACAAUUUCUAAGAAACUGGGAGGUGCAUUUUGAUUGUAACACACUUUGCUCCAUUGUCAGCUGGGUGAUCGUCACCUGAUUCUAAUGGAUCUUCUAUGGGUUGGUUUUCGUCUUUUUAACAAUGUUUGAUACUUCAGGUGUUAAGGUGUCUGGACCUAUGGAUGCAUCCUUCUUAAAAGAAUAGUAAGGGUUCUAAAUGUAUUGAAUAUUUUGCAGCAUUUCCUUCGCUUUAUGGAGCACAUCCCCAGUGUUUCAACAGAUUUCUUUUGGUCACUUACGUGUGGUUCUUGGAUAAUUUUUGUUGUAUUUCGAGAAGAACUGUGUAACUUAGAGAUGUAAGAAUUGGACCGAACAGUUUCUAAAUUUAGAGCACUCAAUCUGUUUUGUCUCUCCCCAAAAGAGGAAGUGAACUGCAGUUUUACACCUUUUUAAAGGGUUUCUUUGAUCUCUCUUAGAGGUGGAAGAUUUCACAUCAGGUACAUUGAAAACUGGUGAUUUUACAGAAAGCAUUCUAGGGCUUUUAGGCUCACGUUGCUCAGCCUUUUCUUCCUCAGGUUUAUCACAAAUAUCAUGCAUAACUUGAUCCUCCAUCGUAUUUACCCUGUCCACUUUUUCUAUUUGGUCUUUUUGGUUCAACUCUGUUUCUAGAGUUUAUUGCAUUUCCACGCCCCUUUGUGAUGGUUAUGAAGUCCAUCUGUAUGGUUUAUCUUUUGAACAGUUAUUGGCUUUGCCUGGGCAAACUAAUGGUUUAAUUGUGGAAGUAAUACUGGGUUUUUCAAAUAACUCUCUGACUCAAAACCAUUUUCUUGUGGAAGUGUAUCGCUGGAAAGUUCCUCGUGCUUUCUUGAGUUUGUAUCUGAAUUUAAUAACAUUGGUGAAUCUCUCUUUCCUGAACUUACAGUAUAUACUCGAGUAUAAGUCUAGUUUUUCAGCACAUUUUUUGUGCUUAAAAACCCCCACUCGACUUAUACUCGAGUCACUGUCUGUAUUAUGGCAACUUAGAGAGCCGCGGCCGUCAGAGCCAUGGCAACGAUCCGCGCGGCAACCAGACCGCGAGACUUACAGUGGAGCUGACCGGAACGGAGGAGAAGGGAGCUGACAGGAGCUGCAGGAAAGGUAAGUAAAUGCUUCCUGCCGGCCCCCCACUUCACAGCCCAUGCCACUGGACCACCAGGGAUUAAGAUAACCGGUCAGGGAGGGGGGCUAACAAGCAGGGAGGGGGGACAAAAACAAAUUAAAAUAAUUUUAAAAAAAAUAUUAAAAUUAAAAAAAAUUAAAAUAAAAAUGCCCUCCCCCCACCCAAUUCACACACACACACUACACAAACACACUCUCUUCAUUAUAUACACACUCUGCAUUAUAUACACAGAGUGUAUAUAAUGCAGUGUGUGUUUGUAUGUGUGUGUGUGUAUAUAUAAUGCAGAAUGUGUGUUUGUAUGAGUGUGUGUGUAUAUAUAAUGCAGAGUGUGUGUUUGUAUGAGUGUGUGUGUGUGUGUGUAUAUAUAUAUAUAUAAUGCAGAGUGUGUGUUUGUAUGAGUGUGUGUAUAUAUAUAAUUGGAGAGUGUGUGUUUGUAUGAGUUUGUGUGUAUAUAAUUAUAAAAAUCACAGAAUUUCAUAGCCCCAAGUUUUACCCUCGACUUAUCCACGAGGCAUAGCAUAUUUCACAAUUGUUGGUCACAAAACUGCACUCGACUUAUACAUGAGAUCGACUUAUACACGAGUAUAUACGGUAUUACAAUUGUCUUAUUGCACCCUGGAUCUUUUUCUUGUGUUGAAUCACAAUUCCUUAGAUUUCGGUUUCUUCCUUGUGGAAAUGUAUUGACAUUGCCACCCAAAAAAAUUCCAUGGUUUUCCUUUGUAUGGAUUAGGCUGCCAGUUUUCUACACCGUUUCUAGGGAGCAGGACAGGAAAACUACGAUUUAUGUCAUGGUGCCAAUAAAAGUUUCUACCUGUGCCUCUAUGGUGCCAACUAGUAGGGUCUUCUGUAUUUGAGUGCCAUGGGUCUGAUGACCGUUUGAUGGACCAUUUAAUUGCCAGCCAGGUUGACCUCUAGAAUCAGGAAGAUGCCUAUGGUUUACGUUUAGUGCAGGAUGCUGGUAAUUACCCUGCCUAGAAUUGGUGAAGCCUUCACUUUGCCACUGCCAGCCCCUCUUUGAUGGAUCACAAUGCCAAUCUUGGGGCCCCCUUCCUUAAAUAAAAGAUGGUCCUCUCUUUUCCUCUGGUAUCUGUCUUUUUCUUGUCUUUUUUUGGAUGUGCAGGAGGUAUCAUUGUGCCGGUUUUGUUCUCUCCUUUGGUUAAUUAACGGGACAAGUUCCUUGUCAAAGUAUUCUUACUCGUCUUCAUCUUUUUCUUCUUUCUUUCUCCUGGGCAUCAACAUUAUCUUUGUGCAGCUGGCUUGAGAUGUGUUUAGCGUAUGCUGAGAGGCUCACCACCGUCACUCUGCAUACCUGGCACUCGUGGCUGCAGUCUCUUCCCCUCAAGUUCUCCAGUUCCCUGUGAUGACGCAUACUGCACAUGUGCCCAUCCAUUUCCCUUUUGGUGGUGUACACAAUGUGGCACAAGAUGCAUUUCCGCUCCCACACCAUUGUGGCCACCUAAUGGAGACAUCACGCCAUGCCUGUACAGCGGCACGCAGAUCGCGAGAUUUACACAGGGGAGCUGCUGGGAAGGUAAGUAAGAGCUUCUGCGGUCCCCCUCACUGCUCAAUCCAUGCCACUGGACCACCAGGGAAUACUAUAUCCCCCCUCCCUGGCCACGUAUAUAGCAGGGAGGGGGGACUAAAAAAAAAAGUUAACAAAUUAAAUAUUCAAAUAAUAAAAAUACCCUCCCCCCCCACCCAGUGUACCCACAAACACACACAUUCUGCUUUCAUUAUAUACACACACACUCUGCAUUAUAUACACACACUCUGCAUUCAUUGUAUACACACUACACAAACACACACUCUGCAUUCAUUAUAUACAUACACUACAUCCACACACACACACUCUGCAUUCAUUAUAUACACACACUAUACAAACACACUGCAUUCACUAUACACACACUACACACACACUCUCCAUUCAUUUUAUACACACACUGUAAAUAAAUAUUCAAAAACAUUUAACCUACUGAUGCCUCAAUUAAUAUAAUUUUGGGGGGAUCUAAUUUUAUUUAGAAAUGUACUAGUAGCUGCUGCAUUUCCCACACUAGGCUUAUACUCGAGUCCAUAAGUUUUCCCAGUUUUUGGGGGUAAAAUUAGGUGCCGCGGCUUAUAUUCGAGUCGGCUUAUACACACGUAUAUACGGUACUUAUAAAUUACUUUACCUCAUAUGCCUAAAAUAAUCAAUCACAUUAGCAUUAAUGCAUAAAUGGUUAAUCACCCAUAGUGCAUAACUAUAGGGAAAGUAAAAGACCCUUAAUAGUGACUCAGAUGGUUAUUAUGUAGUGUGAUUUUAAAAGGGUUAUUCAUUCCCCACACAAAUAGAUCUAAAAGUACAUUAAAAAUAUAUAGAUGCUCCAUUUAAAAUUACAAGAGAAUUAUAACGCAUAGGAAGCAGAAAGGACUUAGCAAGAAUUCCUCAAUAUUGACUUAAGUAUGUGGUUACUGAAUUUCGAAUUAGUGUGUGUAUGUAUGUAUAUGUAUAUAUGUGUGUAUAUAUGUGUAUAUAUAUAUAUAUGUAUAUAUAUAUAUAUAUAUAUAUAUAUAUAUAUAUAUAUAUAUAUAAAAUGGCAUAGUUCAAAAUCUGAAUUCAGUCCAAUAUGGAAUAAGUGUUCAUUUUGAAAAUCCAUUCCAUUUCCACUUGUCCCAAUUUUUUUUCUUUUUUAUAAAUCCCCUCCUCUCCAGUUUUUAUCCACUUUUUUCACUCCUAAAAACGCUAAACCUUUAGUGUUUUGUUGAUGGUGCGGUUUAAAGUGGUAGGAGACACUGUUUCUCAAACCCUGAAUUGAUGUUCCGUAUUUUAUUUUAAUGCUUCCAUUGAAUUUAAUCUAUGACUGUACCAUCCUUGGAGAAUAUCACAGUAUCCUCCUUGCUCUAGCAGGGAGUUGUUUUUUAAAUAGUGUUUUGUUUAAUUUGAAAGACCAGUUAAACAUUUAUCAUACAUAUAAUUCCAUGUAAUUUAUCCUACUUUAGAAUAGCCAUGACAAUUCUCCACACCUGUUAUGACCCUUUUGUAAAUGUGAUACAAUUUGGUUUAAUGACCUCUUCAGAAUUCUAAGUGCUUUAUUUAUUUCUUUUUGCAGGCAAUCUCCCAUGCCAGCCCGGACAAUGAAGAGAUGGCAAUAUGCUUUGCUAAUCGAUCAGCAGUCCUCUUUCACCUUGCUCAUUAUUCGGUGAGUCUUGUUUAUGGCUCUUCUGACAUUAUGGAUUUGUGAGGAGUAUGAAUUGUUCCAGAAUAUAAGGUGGAAAAAUCACUGUAAAUCAUAAUUUCAGCAAACCCCAUGCAGUAUAUAUCUGCUUUCCAUGGCCUUUUAUUUCCCGUCGUAAAUGCUGUUUUGCACUACAAUGUCAAUCACUUGACAGGCAGUCCUCCAACUGUGAGUGCUCAACCCUCCUAUUUUUGUAAUUGGGAUCCUUUUCAGAAUCUGAAAGUAUAAAUAGCUUGUGCAAAACUUCAAGAAGUAUCAUAGUUCUGUUUUCAAGCAGACUUACAGAUUCGCUUGCUUGAAGUGCAGGAACAACUCUAUAUAAUUUGCUCACCUUGUCACAUGCUCCACUAGUUUAACACGCUGACAUGACUUGAAACCAAAAACAAGCUCUAUAAAGCAGUAUGCAAAAAUAAAUGAAUGCCAGCAUAUAUACAACCUCAAAAUGUACACUCACUAUCAGCAGACGAAUGCAUUAUCACAGUUAAUUACUUAUUAUUAUUCUUAUUAUUAUUAUUAUUAUUAUUAUUAUUAUUAUUGGCAUUUAUAUAGUGCCAACUUAUUCCGCAGUGCUUUACAAUAUUAUAAAGGGGGGAAUUUAACAUUAACUGAGACCAUUAUAAAUUGAUACUGGGACAAUAGGUUGAUGAGGACACUGCUCGAAUGAGCUUACAAUCUAUUGUUAUUAAUUAUAUAGCGACAACAUAUUGGCGCUUUGCAGUUAUAGAAUGUUGAUAUUUGACAAGAAGUUAAGAAGGCCCUGCUCAAAUGAACUUGCACGUUUUAAUUAGUAUAUAGCUUUGCAGCCUUGUACGACAUGCUUCCUAUCAGUAUAACUAGUAUAUAUCCUGGAAUGAAUGGUAGUAUGAAUGAGAAAUUAGUGUUAGUGUUGUCAUAGUCUUUAAAGAAAUAGGGAACGGAGAAAAAGUGGAUUUGAUAGACCAAGAUUAUAAUUAAGAUGAACAUCUCCAUUGAGUAGUAUAUUAUAAAAUGUUUGUUGUAUUUGUAUCGUAUUAAAUUAUAUCUUAUUGCAAUUGUACAAUUUCAAGUAAAAUAAAAAAAAUAACUAGGAUAUCUCAUAUGGUUCACCACAGUUGUUAUUUUUAUAUUGAUAUACAACCUGAUAGAGUACAGUGUAUUUGUUAUGAGUGAAAGAUGCAUACGUUUUGGUUUUCUACUAUACAGCAAAGUUACUAUUAAAAUAUGGGCCUCCUCCAUGAUUAUUAUUAUUUAUUUAUUUUUUAUCCCUUUUUCACCAUUUGUUGAGGGUUUUUUUUCCGUUUGUUCACUGUUUGUUUUUUGUGUAUCCUGUUUUGUUAAUGUUAUUUUUAUCCUUCACUAUUUUUGCUUUUUGUUUCUAUUAGAUCACUCUCUACUAUACUUGAGCAUUUGUUUUUGGACAAAUGUGUUUUCGUCCAAAUUUUGACUAUUCGUUCAUUCAUCCAAAAGUUGAAUGAGCAAAUAAAAAUGACAAUGACUGAACUGAAGACCGAAUUGCUUGUUAGACUAAAUUUCUUCCAUGUUAUCAGUUCUUUGUUAGUUCAUUUUAGUUUAUUACAAGGAGGGAGCUACCACUUUGUGGCUCCCUUUCUUGUAAUAUUUAAAAAUAGAAGAGAUGUGGAACGCUGCUCCCCUCCGCUUUCUAAAUCCCCCCUCCCCCCCACCCCCCAUGCUCUCCCCUCAUCCUAUAUGGGUCGGUAUGACUCCAUAUUAGUAUAAGGGAAGUUAAUUCCAACCGCCGUACUACAGGUAGGGACAUGUCUACAAAACAGUAGGCAUCCAGAGGCUGACCAGAUAUUGCUGACCAGUCGCUAAUCAAAUAAAGUGGGGCCUGGCAAAGGUCCACCAUAGGUGGGGCACCUUUUUAAUUAACUUGGAUGGACAUAGUAACCCUCCGUGUCCCGCGAAUGAUGGCUAUUAAACUAAAUGGGGGUAUCCUAUUGUCCUCCCCCAGUUCCAAGUGGAGGCUAAUAAAAAUAAUUUCACCACACUAGGGGUCCCAAAAGCACUAGUCACACACCCCUCACCAGUAAAAAAAAAAAAAAAACCCUAUCUAACCCCUCACCUUAAUAAUAGUGAGAAGGGGGAGGCAAUAAACUACCUGAGGGGAAAAAAAAAGUUUAUAUUUACCAUUAGAUGUCCACUUUUCCAGCAGGGAGGGGGGGCAAAAAAUUUAAAUAAAACAUAUAAACAUUAAAAAUUUAAAUAAAAAAUGCCUUUCUCCCCCCCCUCCCCCCCCACCCCACCCCCCAUUUUACACAAAUCACAUCCCUUCAGGAACACACACACACACUCUGCAUUAUGUACACACACUACACACUCUGUAUAUAAUGCAGAGUGUGUAGUGUGUGUGUAUAAUGCACACACUACACACUGUAUUCAUUAUAUACACACACUAUACAAAUACACACACUAUACACACUGCAUUCACUUUAUGCAUACUACACACUGCAUUCACUUUAUGCACACUGCACACACUGCAUUCACUAUACGCACACUACACACACUGCGUUCGCUAUACGCACAGUACACACACUGCGUUUCCUUUACACACCACACACUACAUUCACUAUACACACACUACAUAAACACACACAUUCUGCAUUCAUUAUAUACACACUACACAAGAAGUCACUGCAUUAACUACACACACUACACAAACACACCCUGCAUUCAUUAUAUACACACUACACAAAUACACACAGCUCCCCUGUCUAAACACACUGUAUCCACUGCAUGUGACACGUAUAUUUUGUGCAUUUACCUUUAGAAAUAGUUUUGGUUUUUUUCAAAAUGGUAAAUGCACAGAAUAUUGGCAAGUUAUCAGCUAUCGGCCUGAAAGUUCACAGAUUAUUGGUAUCGGCUCUAAAAAAUCAAUAUCAGUCGAUCCCUAGAGUCAAUGAACAAACGGACAAAAUUAACAAUUUGUUUUUACUUCUAUCCGAAUGUAUUCAGAAGAAAAAAAAAGUUCAGCUGUGCCCAAGUCUGCUCUCUUUCCUUUCAAAUAAACCUCUUGUGGUCUCUUGUCCCAGUUUUAACUCUAUUCUUGUGGUCCACUGAUCCACUUGUGAUUCCUCACCCAAUUUCCUCAUGGUUCUCUGCCUUAGCUGCAGCUCCCUCUCUCUGUCAGUUGUGUGGUUCCAAUGACAGCUUGUGAGUCUCUGUUUUCCAUUUGUGGUCCUUGUCUCCUAUUAAUGAGCCUUCUUUUCAUCCUUCCUUAGUGUGGUCUCCUAUUUAAUGUGUGAAUAUGUAUAUAUGGACUUCUUUAUUAGUUACUGACUUUCCAACCUAUAAAUAGUGGUAGUUUAUUGUGCCCCUUUUGUAGUUUCAUAUUCUCUUCUGUGUCCAUCUGUCUCACUUGUGAUUCCUAUAACAUUUGCGAAUUCUCUCCUUCUUAUUCUUCCCCAUCCUACCAGCCAUUGUCCUUCCAUGUUUAGAAACGUUUUGGAAGUCUAUUUCUUUCUUUGUACAUCCUAUAAUCUCUCUGUGAGAACUGGGCUGACUUAGCAGUGUAAAACACAAAGGGGGGAAGAGUCUGCGCUAACUGACAAAUGGAAGAGCAGCAACCCUAAAAAAGGGAAUCCCUCAAAAAACCCUUGGAAAACAGAAAAAGACAAAGGAGUUAAGGGCUGCGCUUAAAAUCAAUAAAUAUAAAUUAAAAUCACGAGUAAUAAAACCAAGGUAUAAUAUGAGUGAAACAAAGUUCAUCCAAAUAUGAAAAUUAGAUGGUAUAAGUAGAAACAGUCUCACUGAUAUAUGGUGGUGAUGUGGAUUUAAUCCUCAGAUAUUGGUCCAUCCGUGUGAUAAAUAGUCCAUAUAUGUGAAGAUAAAAAGACAAAAGAAAAAACUGCCAAUGGUGAAAUAUUGCAGAUCCAGAUGUGGUAAAUAAAUCAAGGAGAAGGUAUUGCACUCAAAUUUUUUGGAGCUAGGGCCAGCUCUGGGAUGGAAGGCGCUUAGUGGUAUAAUCCCCACUUCAGGAUAUACUGGAAUGGUCGGUCCGUCCGUCCGGCCGGCUUGGAUUCCUUUAGGUUGCUUAAAUAUAAGCUAGGACCAGCUCAGGUGUAUGAGACUCUUUGUAGUUUGAUCUCCACUUGAGGAUAUAUCGGAAGGAUAGGUCCGUCUCGUCGGCUUAGGUUCCGUUGUUAUCCACAGAAUAUAUAAAACAGCAGAUAGUGCUCUCAGUAGGAACAGUAAGGUGAUUAAAUAAAAUAAGUUAUACUUACAAGAAUAGAGCAGACAGGUACUGCUGUAUUGCCACAGCGCUGGUGGAAUUAUCCCCACCUAAGGAUUUCUUUAGAUGGGAUACACUUGAGAGUAGUGAAUUAUAUAAUAAAAAGAUAAAAAAUGAAAAAAUAAAAAGAUAAAAAAUAAAAAUAAAUAUAAAAAGAUGCCAGGAAUAGUAAGAGUGUAUAAAAUACAAUAAAAAUAAGUAAAAGAUUGGUCCUAUAUGAAAGGUAACCAAAAAUAACUUUUAUUGAUUAAAAUACACUAUUUAAAACCAUUUACGCGUUUCACCUAUGAGGUUUUUUUUUUUGUUUUGUUUUUUUGCAGUGUAGUCUGCACUGACAUGAACCAGAUUGAAGAGUUAACAGUGCACCUUUAUUGAGGAAGCAAUUUCCUUGGUAGUUUCUAUUAUUAUUAUAAUUAUUAUUGGUAUUUAUAAAGCGCCAGCUUAUUCCCCAGCGCUUUACAAUAAAAGGUGAAUUUACCAAAUGAGACAAUAACAAAGUGUAACAGAAACAACAGGUAGUUGAGAACCCUGCUCAAACGAGCUUACAGUCUAGAGGAGGUGGGCUAUAAACACACAAUAGGAAGGGUAUUGAGAGAGAGAGCAAAUAGACAUGGUGGGAAAGUAGCAGAACUGGAGGUGAGAGGGGAGUGUGGCCCUUUAGGAGAGAGCAAGAGGGAGGUUUGAGAAAUAGAAGUUACUCUUGAAGGUCAUAAGCAAUCCUGAAAAUAUGGGUUUUGAGGGACUUCUUAUAGGAUUGAAGACUAGGGGAGAGUCUGACAGGGAUAGGCAGGCUGUUCCAAAGGAAAGGAGCAGCCUGUGAGAAGUCUUGCAGGCGUGAAUUUGCAGUAAGGGUGCGAGCAGCAGACCGGAGAAGGUCACAACCAGUAGAGCGUAGAGACCGACGGGGAGGAGGGGCCAUACCUAUGAAUCAGUGAAGAAAUGUAAGAGGGGCUAGAGUUGGUUAGAGCUUUAUAGGUAAGGGUUAGUAUUUUAAGUUGACACCUGUAGGGUACAGGAAGUCAGUGUAAGGAUCGACGGAGGGGUGAGGUGUGAGGAGCAACAGGAGAGAAAGAUCAGCCUGGCAGCAGCAUUCAUCACAGGUUGUAAGGGGGCAGCACUAUUCAUGUACAAGCCCUGGUAAUUCUUCCUAUCUGAUUGAGCAGCAGAUGCCCUUUACUGAUGGCUUCUGUCUGGACCUUUUGCUUAAUAUGCAAAAGCAGAAACAAACAGAACUUUCUUUCUUGUGCCCAGAACCAGAAGUAAAAUAGGUAAUAGAGUUGUAAAUAGCUGCUCAUCUAUAGAUUUUCUACCCUGAUGACAUGAUUAGCCCUUACACAAAGGGACUCUGUUUUAUGCUUCUGUAUAAGGUUAAAAAAAUCAAUUUAGCUAGCCCUUCUCUACUAUUAAAGAGGAUAAUUUAUCGAUCCAAUGUCCGGUGGGAGUAGAAAUCAAUCCGAGAGGGACAUUUAAACAAUAGGUUGGCAGAAUAUACCAGAGAUGUUACAAUUAUCUGGAGAAUUAAUACCUUGGAUAUACGCUGAAUUAACACAAAUUUGGCAUCUCACACCCAAUCAAUUUUUAAAGCAAAAAUCACUGACAGCUACUUAGAGGCUCUUAAGUUAAAGGAAGGGGAAAAAAAACAACUCUCAACUCUUUUGUUGCGCCUUUAGCAUUAAGGUCAGCUCACAAAAUCACAAACCCACGAGACUUCGAACUGAGUAACAAAACUGACCUCUAAUACAGAGAUGUGUAGUACUAGCCUGAGCAUAAAUAUAUGCAACCCCCCGACAAGCACCUGAUUUUCUGAGACUUCUACUUCCUAACCCCUGCAUCGGAACUUGUCAUUUAACAAACAUAUCUUAUUUUUGGCCAUGAUUAGCCAUGUGUAUCUUAUCUGGUUAGUAAUUCAAGGGUUAAAUUGACUUGACACGGAGUCAGAGAACGUCUUGAUAUUGCUCACGACUCAUUUAGCGGAAUCCGCUCCAGUUUUUUGUGGGAACAUGGAAGAACAUAAAGAUCAUUUGUAACAGCAUCAAGUAAUUGUUUUUAAGUAGAUAAUUACAUAGGCAAUGGACUAAUGGAUAUAGGUUUUAAUUUGAUUUUUAGCAUUUUCACUGCAGCUCAGUAUGUUGCAAUAUCCACUGACAGCAGGGUCGACAAGUAUUAGAUAAAAAUGUUCACAAUUAAUGCAGUUUUCUAGUUCAUCAGUGAUAGCUAACCUUGGCACAAUGUGUCUGAAAAGUCUAGCUGGACAUCACAAGAGUCUCUUUUACAAACGUUUUGGAGUGCUAAAGUUAUAAUUAAAGACAAAUUAUUAAGGUUGGACAAGCAAACAAUAAAAAAAGUGCUAUCCUAAAGAGGCAGCCCUAUCAUGCUAAAAAAUCACAAGCGUAUAUAGAAAAGGAUGCACCCCAAUGUUAAAAAAAACUUUAUAAGAUCAAUAAUACACUUACAAAAACCAAAAGACUUAAGACAACAAAAAGUGAUAAAGGCAAUAAUGAUUAUAAACCACAAGAUAGCGUGCUAAAGUUUGCCAUUAUUGGUUUGCAUCUGUGCUGAUUCAGAAUGUGAUCAUGGUGUCUUACUGCCUCCUGUUUCUCGUAUAGGAAUGUCUGGAAGACAUAGAGCGAGCCAAAGAACAUGGACUUCCUGACAGGCUAAAAUGCAAAAUCCUUAAGCGACAGACUGAGUGUUUCCAAAGGUUGAAGGAAUCUACCAACCCCAGUGCAAGUUCCUCAAAGACAGAAAGUGCGCGUCCAGUGGAAAACAGCACAGCGUACAAUACUGAUGUUUUAAUUGACAAGCUGGAGUUGUUGAAAUUGAAUAGUAAUUCUCAAUUAUCAAAUGCUUCCAGUUCCCUGUGCCUUCAGAAUAGCGCUUUAAAAGGACGCUACUUGCAGGCUUCUAAAGAUAUUGGGCAAGGAGAUAUUUUAAUGUGGGAGGAUGCCUUUGUAAGUGUAAUUAUUCCAGAGAGGACGACGCGGAGUGAUAAAUAUCAAUGGGACACCAGCAUCACUAGCUGUGAUCUUUACUGUCACCACUGCCUAUCAAGAGUUAUAGCCCCCCUUUCAUGCCAAUACUGCAGUUUUGCGAAGUACUGCAGUCACGAAUGCAUGAGCAAGGCAUGGAAAAGUUACCACAAUGUUGAGUGCUCAUUAGGAGAAGUUCUACUCACCCUUGGUGUCUUCUGCCAAACUGCACUUAGAGUGGUCUUGGUGGCUGGUAUCGAACAGGUUUCUCAGCAUGUUAGUCAGAUUCGUUCAGCAGAGCCACAGGUUAUAGCCCCGAGCCACACAAUAGAGGGAAAAGCUGGUGGAAAAUACUGUAGCAACUAUGAAGCAAUAGUUAAUCUUCUACCGCAUGUAAAACAUCAUAAAGAUGAGUUCAAGUUCCUCUGUGGACUGACAGCUGCGGCUUUGUGCAAGAAGCUGUGCAUGAAUAAAAUGGGAGAAGCUAUUGGAGAACUGUCUUUAAGUGAGAAGCCAAACAUUCAAGAAGAACCCAUGCAGAAAUGUUCCUCAAAAAUGAUGGUUGUAGGUCCAACUUUAUUUCGGCACAUGCUGCAGCUCCAUUGCAAUGCACAGGCUGUGACUGUUCUCCAACAGGAACAUGAUGGUAAUGAUUUGAAAAUGUGUUUAAUUUAAAUCUUGGGCUCCUUUUUUAUUCUGCCCACUAAAAAGCAACCAUUAAAGGGGUACUCGAAGCACCAUGACAACUUCAGUGAAGCUGGUUCUCAUGGUGCCUGGACUAUGUAUGUGCUGCAUAUUGCUCCACAUAUGGAGCUACCGGGAAAAUUACUGGCACCAUCAUUAGUCAGCCCAGAACAAGAGUUCUGGGCUGGCUAAUGUCGAUCCUUUGCAACUUUACAUGCACAGUAGAUUUCUGCAACUAACAAAUGCAGUUUUUGUAUUUGAUACUACCACUUAGCAUUAUGCAAUUUGGAGCUUCUCCUGGAAGAUGUCAUUUUCCUUUUACUGCCGUAGCAAGUCCAUUAGGCGACUAUAAAACCUCAAUGCAACACAUAUGAGCUUCACCUGCAAUCAGACACCAUUGAUUGGCUUUGAGGGAUGAGUUAGCAGGUUGGACAAAACUGACAUUGAUAAUGCAGGAAGUGUUAAUUCCUCAUUAUCAAAAUGGCCAAGAUGGGGCAGUUCUUCAGCUCCAGGAACACCCUUAGUUUAUAUAACACUGACGCCAGUACCAUAGGAAAUAACCAGUAUAGCAAACUGUAGUGGUUAGUUUGGUUAGUGUUAUCGUUGUGGUAUCUUUCCCCCUAUCAAUGGUCCCAGCCACUAUUUUAAAUAAUAUUUUUUUUACAUUUUUUUUUAUUAUUUGCACAGUUUAUUUUUGUCUGCUUUUUCAAUCAUAGGACUUAGAUCCAGUAGCAUUUUCAUGUGUAACUGUCCCUAAUGUUACAGUGGGGUAACUUGCAAUAUUCUACAAUUUCGUUAGGUUGCUUAGAGUACCUCUUUAAGAACCACUUUUAUACAUAACUACGGAAUAUGCUUUUAAAAAAAAACUUUUUUUAUAUUUCCAGUUUAUUUAUCAACAUGUUUAUGCUUAGACAUCAAGUGGCUCUAGAUUUUACUCAUGACAAAUCCAAAUAAUUUCUGAAUUUGUUUUAAUAUUUUUAGUGACUGACUAUUCCCCUGUGGAAAGCCAAAAGAGCUCACGCCUUGCCACAGCUGUUUUUCCAGUUCUGAGUUUGCUCAAUCAUUCCUGUAACCCAAACACCAGCAUAUCUUUCCAAGGAAGAUUUGUAACGGUCCGAGCUAGCAGGCCAAUCCAAAAAGGCGAAGAAGUGGCUCACUGCUAUGGUGAGUAACUUUCCUCUAUACUGUUGGUACAACUGUUGUUCUGUUAACUUGAUUUUAUCAUAUUAUCAGCAUUAUCUGUACCCACUUACCUACCAGAGAAAAACGAUUUCAUCUAAAGUAUUAAAGGGCUUUACUACCCCUUUAUGAACCUAGCCAUAACACAUUUAAAGAUAUAUACGUCUGAAUGUCAACAUGUUUCUACUGCGUAGAUCUUCUCCUUCUGGUAAGGUUCUCAACAAUCAGGAAUCUCUCACAAAAUCCUUUUGUAUGGGUUUCUUUCAAAAGUACUGGUUUAAUAGAACCUUUUGCAUAGUUCAACAAUAUAAAUGUAUGAACAAACCUUUAGCAUGUGAAUGGAAACUUCUAAAUAAACAAAGUAUCUACUUCUCUUUGUGCAAAAUAUAAAGAACAUUACCACCCCUGUGACAACUUAAGUUUGUUGAAGUUUUUAUAGGGGCAGGAGUGUCUGGAUGCCACCAUGCCAUUUUGCAACGGUUUAACCAAGAAGUUGAUACUCUGGCACCUGACACACACCCAUCUUUUCUCUUUGCUAUGCAGUAGGAGCAAGGUUUAGCCAGGCAGACAACUGCCACUCAACCUAUCUCUGGUUUCCCAUUGAGAGAAGUAGUGUCUACUAUAUCUCUCAGUGGGCGACAUCAGCUGUUGCUCUCAGCCUAUCAAAAGCUUCCCUACUAAACCUCUCUCGUUGUCCUUUAGCUGAGAGUAAGGAAGCCCUCGGGGCAAAAAAAAAAGCAAAAGAUGCUGCACUCAAACGUAAAUAAUUUCAUAUUGUAACAGCACUUGAUGAAGCAACCACUCAAAACAGGAACUCCUCAGCCAUAAAGGUAGUACAGUCUUCAGGGCACUUGGGGCAGACAUUUCCCAGUGGAAACAACUCUCUGAAGCUCCAUGAGAUAGACAGAAAACUUUACCAUUAACUGAGCAUGAGCUGUGACUCCAUGGGCAUAGAGAAGCCUGGGGCAAGUGCUGACACACAACAAUACAGAACAAUAGGGUGCGCCAGGGUGUUGGGGAUUGUUGCGGCUCCCGGCCCGCCGCAUGGCGCAGCCGUGCCCGAACUGCUCCUCCUCAUCUUCUGGGCGUUCCGCCCAGAUCAAAGAGGGCGCUGACCACGUGGUCGCGCAGAUCACAAGCUCCACCCCUCAAAUUUAUACGGACGUGCGCGUGACGUCACGACGACGACACACACGCACGUUCUGGGGUCAGAGGUCACCCUCUGACCAAUCAGAGCCCAGAGAGGGAUAUUUAAAUCCAGUUCCUUGCCCUGUCAUGGUUUCCUGUUCCUGGUUCCCGAGAGUGUGUUUAUCUUUGUGAAUCUGACUUCCUGGUAUCCUGAUCUUGGCUUUUCCCUGGUUAUUCCGAAUUCUGGUUCCCCUGACUUGGCCUGUUUAAACGGUAUCUGAGUAUUUCUGGCUUCCUUGACCUCGGCUUUCCCUUUGACCAUUCUCUAGCGUAUUAGUCCGGCCAUUCUAAGGUCCGGUUAACGCUCUGUCCUUUUAUUUCCUUUCCUUUUUUAUGUAUAUGUUUACAUAGUUUCUGCGUGUUGGACCACACUAGCAGCCGUGACAUUACGACAGGGCCAUGGAUCCUGCGGAACUAUGCAAACAUAUGAUUGCCUGUGAGAGAAGGGUGGAGGAUAUGGACCACAGGUUAGAUCAAUUUGCCCAAGCAUUCCAGACCUUGCUCCAGAAAACUGCCUAUCUGGAGGCACCUCCGAUACCGCCUGUGGCUCUGCCACCUGUAGUAGCACCUGUAGCACACAAACCACCGUCCAUAACCCUUUCACCUCCCCCUUGUUUUGGAGGUGAUUCUAAGGAAUUUAGAGUUUUUCUAAACCAAAUUGAAUAUCACUUCGAAGCUUCCCCUGGUUCAUUCCUUACAGAUAGCUCGAAAAUUGGCUAUCUAAUGAACCAAUUAACGGGUAAGGCUCACCGCCCGGAUACAGGGAUCACACGAGGAGAUAAGGUGAUUCUACUCACCAGAUCUAAAUUCCUAUUUAACAUACUUCCUACAGCAUUGGAGUUUUCUUUUGUUCUUCUAUCUCCUAUAUAUAUCAUUGGCAUCUGGAGGACCAUCAACACUUCAACCACCAUACAUCCUUAGGUGGGGAUUGUACCGUCCAUGCGCUAUACAGCAGAGCUCUAAUUAGCUCUAACAUAUGUGAGUGGUUUUCUUAUAGCGAUUACUUAUCUUAUUUUGAUUGUACCAUAUUGUAUUGCACUAUUAUUUGUCUUUCUCCUUUUUUUCCCCCUCAGGUUUACUACAUUUCCUUGAAGGUUUAUGUAUGUAUAAAUGUAUGUAUAAAUUUUAAGGCACAGUAUACGCUACACUCUAUUUAAGGCUUUAACCUGGGCUAAUACCUUAUGGGAGAGGGGAAAUACAGUUGCCCGUGAUUACAAUGUUCUAACUUAUCCAUAGCCCCUCGUUUCUCUAACCCAUUGGUAAUUAGCCAUGCUCCACCUCCAGAACCUGAACCCAUGCAACUGGGCAUUGCUAAACUCACUGAGGCAGAGAGACAACACAGACGCAACGAGGGGUUGUGUUUGUAUUGUGGCAAAAGGAGACAUCAAAGGUUUUCAUGUCCGGUUCGGCCGGAAAACUUGCACACCUAAAGCACGUUCGGGGACCGACCUUAGGUGUGAUGUAUAUGUCCCCUAAAUUGACUAAGAACCGUUUCCUUAUAAAACUUACUUUGUCUUGUAAGGAAACCACUGUACAGUGUGAGGCUAUGAUUGCCUCUGGGGCAGCGGAGAAUUUUCUAGACAAGGAAUUCUCUGCCAAACUUCUCCUCCUGUCCUUAAGGCAGAAAGAUAGACCCAUAGCAGUAGAGGCUAUCGAUGGGAGACCUCUUACCCAGCCUCUCAUCACGCACGAAACCCUGCCAAUCACUGUCUCAGUGGGUAUCUUACAUUCUGAAGAAAUGGUUUUCCAAAUUAUAUCUUCACCUACAUGUCCGAUAAUACUGGGUUUCCCUUGGCUCCAGAAACACAAUCCACGUUUAGAUUGGGUUGAAGGAGAAAUUGUGAGUUGGGGUGAGAGAUGCUGAGGUAUUUGUUUAAAACAGGUGCAACAACGAAUUGGUACCCUCAAUAUACCUAUAGCGCCUCCCUUGACCACAGAAAUCCCACCGAAGUAUUUGGACUUAAAGGAGGUAUUCAACAAGGCACAGUCGGAGGUAUUACCACCACAUAGACCCUACGACUGUGCCAUAAAUUUACCAGGCACUAUGCCCCCUAAAGGAGGAGAUAUGCACUGUCUCCCCAAGAAAAUCUUUGUUUAGAAGAGUACAUAAAGGAUGCUCUCAGAAAGGGUCACAUACGUAGAUCCUCUUCACCUGCUGGGGCUGGGUUCUUCUUCGUUUCUAAAAAAAGGAGACCUACGCCCUUGUAUAGACUAUAGGGGUUUGAAUAGAAUAACAAAAAACGCCUAUCCCAUUCCCCUUAUUUCUGAGCUAUUCGAUAGGUUGAAAGGGGCCCAAGCCUUCACUAAGCUCAACCUAAGAAGUGCUUACAACCUAGUCAGAAUUAAGGAAGGGCACGAGUGAAUGACCACGUUUAAUACGAGAAUGGGAUAUUACGAAUACGUAGUUAUGCCGUUUGGACUGUGCAACGCUCCAGCGGUGUUUCAGGAUUUCAUUAACGAUGUCCUUAGAGAAUAUCUCCACAUGUUCGUUUUAGUGUAUCUAGACGACAUUCUCAUCUAUUCCCCAGAUUUAGAGACACAUCAUGAACAUGUGAGAACAGUACUAAAAACCCUGUUAAAGAACGGCCUCUACUGUAAGCUGGAGAAAUGCCAAUUUGACCAGACUGAGAUACAAUUUCUUUGGUACGUUAUAUCUCCGUCUGGUUUCAAAAUGGACCCACGCAAAUUGGAAGCAGUCUUACAAUGGCCAUUACCCAAAGGCCUUAAAGCUACCCAACGCUUUAUAGGUUUUGCAAAUUACCGCAAGUUCAUUAAAGGUUUUUUCCUCUGUAAUCUCUCCUAUUACCAACCUAACCAAAAAAAGAGCAAAUUGCAAUUCAUGGCCCAAGAAAGCAAAGGAGGCAUUUGAGCAAUUAAAAUCUUUAUUUGCCUCAGCACCUGUCCUGACACAUCCCGAUCCAACCAAACCAUUUAUUCUAGAAGUAGAUGCGUCAGAAACAAGAGUAGGUUCCAAAAAGCCACUUCUGAUUUUUACCGAUCAUAAGAAUUUGGCUUAUAUUGGGGACGCUGUCCUCUCGUCAGGCUAGAUGGUCAUUGUUCCUCUCCCGAUUCAAUUUUGUAAUUACGUACAGGCCCGGGACCAAGAAUAUCAAGGCAGAUGCGCUGAUUAGGCAGUUUGAGACAGAUGAGGUUCCUGAACAAGAGGUAUUCCCUAUCAUACCUCUAGAAUGCCUUAUUGCUACUACAAUUUCCGAAGUGUCUUCUCCACUCUUCUGUGCCAUAAUAGCAGAUCAAACUCUGGCACCUGUGGAGAGACCUCCAGAUAAAAUGUACCUUUCACCACCAUUAAGGAAAAAGGUACUUGGAUUAUUCCAUGAUAAUUUGACAGCAGGUCAUCCUGGAGUCCAUAAAACUCUCUCUAUCUCCAGGAGGUUCUGGUGGCCUACACUUAGGAACGACAUCAAAGAUUAUGUAGGGACGUGUCAAAUAUGUGCCGUUUCUAAAGCCUCUCACAAAUCUCCUCCUGGGUUGCUACAACCACUGCCUAUACCUAAUGCUCCAUGGACCAAUUUAGCCAUGGAUUUCAUGGUGGAUCUGCCCAGUUCAAACAGAUUUAACACAAUCCUUAUGGUCAUAGAUAGAUUCUCGAAAAUGGCACAUUUUGUACCUCUUAAAAAAUUACCAUCUGCUCAAGAUCUUGUACAUAUAUUUUUCAAAGAGAUCUUUCGGUUACAUGGAGUGCCAAAAAACAUAGUAUCUGACAGAGGUACCCAAUUUAUUUCUAGGUUCUGGCGUGCCUUUUGUAAGCAAUUGGGUAUAGAACUUUCAUUUUCCUCGGCGUAUCACCCUCAAACUAAUGGCGCAGCAGAGAGGGCAAAUCAGUCUUUAGAAUCUUAUUUACGUUGUUUUAUCGAUGCCAAUCAGUCGAACUGGUACAAACUCUUACCCAUCGCUGAGUUUGCCAGAAAUAAUGCAACUCGUGAAUCCUCUAAUCAUAGUCCAUUUUUUGUAAAUCAGGGUUAUCACCCCACUGUUUUACCUUCCGAAUUUUUAGACACUGAUAUUCCUGCCUUGAACACCCGUUUGGAUUCUAUUCAUGACACUUUGGAUUCCGUUCAUACAGCACUACAGAAGGCAUCAAAACGUGCUAAAUUCCAAGCUGACAAGAGACUGGGUGCCAAUCCUGUCUAUCAACCAGGAGACAAGGUGUGGUUAUCCACACAUCAUAUCAAACUUAAGGUCCCUUCCAUGAAAUUUGCCCCUCGAUACAUAGGUCCUUUUCGGGUCCUCUGUCGUAUCAACCCUGUGACUUAUUCCUUGACACUUCCUGCUCACAUGAGAAUUGCCAAUUCAUUUCAUGUGUCCUUGCUUAAGCCUCUUACUUGCAAUCGAUACACUAAAGUGGCUGCCCCUCCUCCGCCCUUGGUAGUGGGUGAUCAGGAGGAGUAUGAAUUUCGUUCUAUAUUGGACUCCAAAAUCUCCAGGGGUAUUUUGUCUUAUCUAGUUGAAAGGUGGAAAGGUUAUGGUCCAGAGGAACGCUGUUGGGUUCCUGCUGACCGGGUUCUUGCGCCCCGUCUUGUCCGGUCGUUUCACAACCGCUUCCCUCAUAAGCCGUCUCCUUCCCGCCCGGUGAGCGGUAUUCGAGUGGGAAGUAAUGUUGCGGCUCCAGGCCCGCCGCUUGGUGCAGCCGUGCCCAACCGUCACGACCUCGCCGAUAUUGUAAGCUUACCUGCUCGUCGGCGAGCCGGGAACUGCUCCUCCGCAUCUUCUGGGCGUUGCGCCCAGAUCAAAGAUGGCGCUGACCACGUGGUCGCACAGAUCACAAGCUCCGCCCCUCAAAUUUAUACGGACGUGCGCGUGACGUCACGACGUCGACGCACACGUAUGUUCUGGGGUCAGAGGUCACCCUGACCAAUCAGAGCCCAGAGAGGGAUAUUUAAAUCCCUUAUUCACUCCAGUUCCUUGCCCUCGUGGUUUCCUGUUCCUGGUUCCCAAGAGUGCGUUUAUCUUUGUGAAUCUGACUUCCUGGUAUCCUGAUCUUGGCUUUUCCCUGGUUAUUCCAAAUUCUGGUUCCCCUGACCUGGCCUGUUUAAACGGUAUCUGAGUAUUUCUGGCUUCCUUGACCUCGGCUUUCCGUUUGACCAUUCUUUAUCUCUAGCGUAUUAGUCCGGCCAUUCUAAGGUCCGGUUUACGCUCUGUCCUUUUAUUUCCUUUCCUUUUUUAUGUAUAUGUUUAUAUAGUUUCUGCGUGUUGGACCACACUAGCAGACGUGACAUGGAUAAAGUAUUACUCAAUAAGACCUCUGAAAUAAAAUGUGAAAAUACAAACAAAGUUACAAAAAUAGUGCUCUCUGUAUAAAAUAUAUGUAACCAGGAGUAAAAAUAAAUGAAUAAUACUCACAUUCACCUAAGCAGAUAACCCGAUCAGUGUAAUCAGCGUAGGUGGUAUAAUCCCUACCAGGUAUACUUUGUGAGGUCCUCACUGGGAAGAUAAAACCUCGAUGCCAGGUAAUUAAAAAGAAAAAAAAAAUGUAUAUGGUACUAAUAUUUUUAGUAAAAAAUACCAAAACCUUUAUUAAAACAACAGCAAUGAUAAAAUAAGUCCACAGCGCGUUUCACCCACAAUGGGCUUUUUCAAGUGUCAAGUGCUGACAUCCACCCAAGUUUGUAUGUUGGUGACCGAAUCUUUGAAAAAAUGCACAUAUCACUUCAGUGGAUGUGUAUCCCAUUUCAACACUGUACUGACUAAGCAGGUAAAGUUGAUGAUUAGGAAAUAUGUCUGGUGUGAGACCUGGAAGUCAUAUGACUUGAGUCAUACAGUCAACAGAUGUUGUCAUUCCCAUCCUUGAUGACCAAUAUAUCCUGUGUGUAGUGGCCUUGUUUUGUAUAUCUCACCUAAAACUCCUGGAGAGUCUCCACAACUGGGCACAGGAUACAUUUCCCUUUUAGAAUGGAAUAGGAGAUGUCUAAAAACAAACCUAGCUGGGGCCGCCAUGAUGAUUGUUGCAUAAUGUAACCACAAAAACCACACAGUAAAACGUUCUUUGUUUUUCUUUUUUAACUUAAAGCCAUUUAUCAUAACGUAAACUUUUUUUUUUUUUAACGCUUUUCUUUUUUUCCUUUUAGGUCCGCAUAAAUCACGAUUGCCUAUAGAAGAAAGACAGAAGUUACUGAUGGCUCAAUAUUUUUUUACAUGUCAGUGUGAAGCUUGUACAGAAGAGUUAGGAUCAACAGAUAAACUCACUGAUUUCUGUUGUCCAAAAUGCCAAUCGCCACUGAAGGUGCAUUAUUUACUUCACAAGUAUUAUUUAGAAGAUUAGUGGAAAAUAGAAUCACAUAUCUGAAUCUGUUUUGUCCUAGGGAGAAGCGGAGCUGCACUGUCUCACUGUAACCUGCUUACAAAGAAGCAGGAGAGACCAGCUAUUGCUUAGGCUACAAUGUUUGGAACACACUGUUGAUAUUGCCAGGGAACAACUGCAGAGAAACCACAUAGGUAAAAAGAUUUUGUUUUAAUUUUGGGGCUGGUGAGGUUUAAUUUUACCUUAACCCCUUUAAGACACAGUGUUUUAAGUGUCACAACAUAACAAUAAUUUACCCUGUCUACUCGGUGAUCUUGACUUGCAGAACAUUGUGCUAUAAUUUUGAGGACAGGGCAUACCUAUGCGUGGACACUGUUGCAAAUUAUUUACUAGUACAUCGCCAUGAUGAUGUUAAUAUUCAUUGGGCACAUCAUUCACUUAUGAUUCAUCUGUCAUUUCCCAAUUAUUUAACUAAAGUUGCUACAUGUGGCUCAAUCAGCUGCAUAUUCCUACUAGAAAAUUAGCCAGGACGCUAAUUCCAGAGCAGUAUAUUAAAACAGGCUUUGAAUAGUUCUAGAACAUUCAGUUGGUUCAGUUGGUCCAUGUUGAUUGUACUAAUUUUAUACCUUUGCCACAUAACUGAGUGGGAGCAAAGAUGUGAUAUUUGUACUUACUCCCCCAGUGUUUCUUUAAUGUUAGCAAGCAUCUUCGAGAAAUCCAACUGUUCAGUUAAAACUUCCAUCAUGCUGUGUUCAAUUUGUUGACAAAAGCCUCAAUUUAAAAGGCUUUUUAAAUGAUUCAAUACUGCUAGAAAAACUUUCCAAAAUGAUUUAUCUACAAAAAUCCAUGUAAACUUUAAUGGUGACUUCUGUAGGUAAAUAAUUUGGAAUGCCUUUCUAACAGUAUUGAUUCAUUUGCAAAACGUAUUAAUUGAGGCUUAAUGUAGUUGUUCUGGUCUCUACUGCCUGCCCCUGCAGGCUUUUUAAUGUAAACACUUCCCUUUCAGAGAAAAAGCAGUGUUUACAUUACUACCUAAUAACUAAGAGGUGCUUCCAGAGUCAGUGUUACACAGUGUGCAGCACUUGGAGGUGCUGAACUUUCCUCAUAGAGAUGCAUUCAUUUAAUUGAGGAGAUGGUGAUUGGCGCAGCACGGCGUUUUGCCGUGCGUGAGCAAUAGUUUCCUAAUGCUUUUCUAUGGAAAAUAGUCUGCGAUUGUCAAGUUUGAUGAUCUUAGCCAAGGAGGCGGAGCCAACCACGACAAAUCAGCACAGUGCUGAAAUUUUACACAUUUGUAUUCCUGUCACUAUAGUUUUCCUUUAGUACUGAACAAUGCCAUCCCUGAAAACAGUCGAUGGUCUCAUGGAUGGCAAAUGAUUUAUGCUGAUCUAUUUGCCAAUGGAAUAAAAAAAGUAUGAAAAGUAGCUAAGGAUUGGUCAUUGCUUUCAAAUUAUUCAAAUUUUCUUUUGCAGAGAAGUCUAUAAUAAUGUUGAAGUCAUGUUUGUCCGAAGGAGAGAAAUUUCUUUCCCCAAAUCACAUACUUCUGGGAGAGAUCUCCGAUCAACUUGCUCAAGCUGAGGCCUCUAAAGGUACAGUUUUUCAUGGUAAUGUGCGCAGUGAAACUGUGUGUACUGCAAAAUGUUACUGAUGCACAUCUCCUUACAGGGGACUGGAGAGCUGCCGCAAUGCACCUCACAAGAAGUGUAAAACAUGUGGAACUCCGUUACGGAUCAUGCAGCUUGGAACUUGGACAUGAGCUCUUCAAGCUGGCACAGAUCCUAUUUAAUGGGUAAGAAUGGAAAUCAAGCACGUGGUUACAUUAUGUGAAAGGGCAGACAGGUUGAUUUUAAGUUUAAAAAACAAAAAUGUGUUCUUGUCAGAAAGUGUUGCAUCCUAUACCAUUGGGAGUUUAAAACAUUUGGCAUUUACCUAAGCUAACACAAUUGCAGCUUUAUACAUCUCUCCUUGUAUUGCUCUCCCAUCUAGGUGUGAGGUUGCUGACGCUAUGAACACCAUUCUGAGAGCUCAGCAGAUUCUUUCUAUGAAUUAUGGGACUGAUCACAAUCUAGUGAGAGAGCUGCAGGAAAUGAAGGCAUGUCUAUUACAGCUCCCUGGUAUCCAAGAUUCACAAAGGAGAUGAUGGAUGAAGACUGAACAUUGAUUACAAUGUUACCAUGAUCCAGAGACUAGAUUUGUGCAUCUACACUUGAAAAUACCCUUAACGCAGACGCACAGUGAACAUAGCAUGUGUGUCAACUGCUGAGUUGCAGACUGUAACUAAUUAACAAUAUACACCUCGUUAUACCUUUAUAGAUGAUGCACUAUUCCCUCUGCAUUAAUUAUUUUAAUAAAUAUCACAGAUGUUUUCGUGCCAGAAAAUGAAGCAAGGGAGAAAUCAUUCCUGAGCAGUAUAUAAAACAGGCUGUUUAUUGCUUUGGAUCGUCCCGGCUUAUAGAGAUAGAAAAGAGCUCAGCUUGAAAAUUGCACAAAGGGUACAGUGAGGAAUAAAGGCACAUGGUUUCAACUUUUUAUAGAUCGGCAAAUUGACAUUGGUAGCACAGAACCAAUCAGAACAAAAGAAACACACACAAAGGUAAAGCAUUUGGAGAAGAUUUAAUGUUCUAUAUCCAACCUGAGCACCACUUUUAGGUCUAGGACUAUCCGGGGUAGUUGGUAUGAAGCACAUUGGUCUUGUCUUGAACUCACCUAUAUCAUUUUUUUAAUCUACUUUGUAUUAACCCAUACAUAUCUACUAUAUUUGAGACAAAAUAGAUCUGUAAUGAAAAUGGAUACCUACAAUACAUUCCCCUUCUAGUCACUAUCAUAACCAUUCAUAUUCAUUUGGGAAAACAAUAAGUAACAUAAAAAGCUUCUAGGUGCAGGCAUGUGCACCUUAUGGCUUAGUUUUUUUUGGUGGGGCAGGGUUUGGGGGUGGUGAGGCUGGAUGUUUCAGGAGUUUCAAGAGUAUGAAUGACUGCCUGUUCAACCCCCUUGACUGUUACAAAACUAAAAUACGUAAAAUAUUUCAGUUCUUCAGCAGUCAAAUUGCAAACUGUGGGCUAUGAAAUUAUUUACGAGCUAGUCCUUUGGGGUCUAAGACUUUUCCAAUGAAAAGAAGAGCACCGUUGUCAUCAGAACGGAGAACGAACAGGUAGGGAUGGUCCAAGUGGUAUUCCAAGGGGAAGUGAUGGCGAGUUUGGCCUUCCAUUGGCGGUAUGCUUGCUACACCAUCCUCAUUUAGCUCCAGCGCAGCUUUGUGCACUACUUGUGUGAGCUUAAUUGUCUUGGCGGUGAUUUUGUUGAACUCAGGAGAAGAGAAGAGAGGCUGUAGCUCUGAAACAAAG